AUCACACUAUGACGACGACUUCGGCGCCACAGCUUCCAUGCAAGCUCCGCUUCUUAUUCUUCAUCCUCUCCAUCCUCCUCGACGCCGCUCGCCGCUCCAGCGGCACCGUCAACCGCCGUCUUAUGUCCCUCUUCGACUUCAAGGCCUCUCCUUCACUCAAACCCACCAACCGCGUCAAAACCUCCGACGUCAUGGUCGACCACUCCCGCAACCUCUGGUUCCGACUCUACGUCCCCACCACCGCCGACCCCGCCACGCUCCCCGUCAUAAUAUUCUUCCACGGCGGCGGUUUUGUCUUCUUCUCCGCCAACUCAAAACCCUACGACGACCUAUGCAAGCGCCUCGCUCUCGAGCUCCCCGCCGUCGUCAUCUCCGUCAAUUACCGCCUCGCCCCAGAGCAUCCCUUCCCGGCACAAUACGACGACGGGUUUGACGUGCUGAAAUUUGUGGAUACAACAAACUUUGAGGGCUUCCCUAGUGAACUUGACCUAAGGCGGUGUUUCCUCGCCGGAGAUAGCGCCGGCGGCAACGUUGCGCACCACGUGGCAGUUAAGGCCAGUGAUCAUGAGUUCUCCAAAAUGAAGGUUAUUGGAGUCAUAGGGAUACAACCCUUUUUCGGAGGGGAAGAGAGGACGGAAUCGGAAACCAAGCUUACAAAGGCUCUGUUAAUCACUCUGGAGCGAACUGACUGGUACUGGAAGGCUCUUUUGCCGGAGGGGAAGGGUAGAGACGACCCGGCGGUCAAUGUAUUCGGGCCACAUUCAGAUGGUUUUUUGGGGAAGAACUUUCCGGCGACGAUGGUUAUCGUGGGAGGAUUUGAUCCUUUACAAGACUGGCAGAGGAGAUACUACGAGGGGUUGAAGAAAGCUGGGAAAGAAGCUUACUUGGUCGAGUACCCGAAUUCGUUUCAUGGGUUUUACUGUUUUCCUGAGCUGAAGGAGUCUACCUUAUUGAUUGAUAGAAUGAAGGACUUCAUCGAGAAGCAAUCAGCUCCUCACUAA